CACCUCGGGUUCUAUUGGUGGCAUCCCACCCAUCUUGCAAGUCAUCUCACCCAUCUUGCAAGUCAUCUCAACCUCCACUGGCAAAACACUUGUUUUUCCAGUCUGGACUUGCUAAAGUUAAAAAAAAAAGUGUCAACUGAUCUGAAGUGUUAAUAGAAGCAUUUGAUGUGGGCAUAUCCUACAGAACUUCACUGAUGAAAUUCAGCAAAUUCGUAAUCACAAAGUGGUUUGCCAACUAAAUUAAGACUUUAGAAAGAAAAUACCAGAUGCCAGCCUGCAAGUUGCAUUAACUACACUACUGGAGACAUUCAAAUCCUUCAGAAUCAACAGAAUAACAAGGCACCAAAGAGGAAAUGCAGGCCACCAGCAACCUCACCUCUGCACAUGGGAACAGCAGCCUCUGUGCCAGAGACUACAAGAUUACCCAGGUUCUCUUCCCGCUGCUCUACUCUUUCCUGUUUUUUGUUGGACUCAUCACAAACAGCCUGGCAAUGAGGAUUUUCUUUCAAAUCAACAGUAAAUCUAACUUCAUUAUUUUUCUAAAGAACACAGUCAUUUCCGAUCUUCUCAUGAUUCUGACUUUUCCAUUCAAAAUUCUUAGUGAUGCCGAACUGGGACCAGGACCUCUGAGAACCUUUGUGUGCCAAGUUACUUCUGUCAUAUUUUAUUUCACAAUGUAUAUCAGUAUUUCAUUCCUAGGACUGAUAACUAUCGACCGUUACCAGAAGACCACCAGGCCAUUUAAAACAUCCAACCCCAGUAAUCUCUUGGGGGCUAAGAUUCUCUCUGUUGUCAUCUGGGCUUUCAUGUUCUUAUUCUCUUUGCCUAACAUGAUUCUCACUAACAAGAGGCCAAGAGACAAGAAUGUGAAGAAAUGCUCUUUCUUUAAAUCACAGUUUGGGCUGGUCUGGCAUGAAAUAGUCAAUUACAUCUGUCAAGUCAUUUUCUGGAUUAAUUUUUUAAUUGUAAUUGUAUGCUAUACGCUCAUUACAAAAGAACUCUACAGAUCAUAUGUAAGAACAAGGGGAGCAGGCAAAGUCCCCAGGAAAAAGGUGAAUGUCAAAGUUUUCAUUAUCAUUGCUGUGUUCUUUAUUUGUUUUGUUCCUUUCCAUUUUGCACGAAUUCCCUACACCCUGAGUCAGACCCGGGAUGUUUUUGACUGUGCUGCAGAGAACACUCUGUUCUACGUCAAAGAAAGCACACUCUGGUUAACUUCUUUGAAUGCAUGCUUGGAUCCAUUCAUCUAUUUUUUCCUUUGCAAAUCCUUUAGAAAUUCCUUGAUAAGCAUGCUGAAGUGCCACAAUUCUGCAAAAUCUCCACCCCGAGAAAACAGGAAGAAAGGACAGGGUGGUGGUGACCCAAGUGAAGAGACUCCAAUGUAAACAAAUUACUCAAGUUGCAAUCUACUAGUAUUAAGAAUCCCUCAAAGGAAAGCACUGUGUAAAAAUAUUAACACUAAGAAGUAUCUGGGUUCAUAACAGUAUCUCUUGAAUAGAUAACUACAAAACUAAUUUUCACUUACUUUUCUAGUCUAAAAAGCUAUCUUGAAAUGUUUGAAAAUAACUUAAUCUUUACUAUGUAGUAAAAAAUAUAUAUCCAAUCACCAUGCUUCAUGAAAAACUACAGAGAAUUCAUUAUUUGCAUAGCUUCUGCAAAGUGGGUUACCAUAUAAUAACAACUACUGUAACCUUUUUAAAUAAACCAUUGAUCACAAUUUUAUUUUUAUAUAAACAGAAAAAAAUGAUCAAUCUGCUAUAAAAUGAUCAAUCUACUCACCAAAAAUGGUUACGAGAUAUAUAGAUAUAGAUAUAUAGAUAUAUAUAGAUAUAUAUAUGUAUUACUCCCAUAACCAAAUCAUAGCCUAUUAUGAGAUGUAGAAAACUUUAAAUGUGAUAGAUAAAGCGUAACUACUGAUUUUUAUUAGAAAAAUCUUCAGGGAUUUAAACUAAUUGAAAUGGUAUUUUGUGGGACUGGAUUUUUUAAUUGUUCAUUAAAAUGACAGAGAUUUAGAGAAUGCCUUUCUAAUAAACAGCAGAAAUAGUGAAUAAAAUCAUUAAAAUUAGAAUUACUUUUAUAACAUCCUAAUAAUAAAAAACAUUAGGAAAGUCAGUUUUACUAAUAUUUUAACAACUUCAAUGGUACAGCACCAUCAUUUACCCUAAUUUUUAUUAACUAGCUUCUAUAAAUACCUGUUAUCUGAGUAUAUGAACAUUUCCCUUUAUAAGAAAAAUGAAGUAUGAUUACAAUGUUGUACAGUGUAACUACGAAGAAGAAAGUGACUAUUUGGCAUUACUUAUUUGUAUUUGUGUGUAUAAGGUAAAAGUUUACAUUAAACUCUGCAUCACUUUGUUUGCAUUCUUUAUUCAAAGAUACUACAUACCAUGGCUCAUUCUCUUCCCAAACAACUACUUCAAACACUAAAACCAUUUAAGAAUCACUACCAGCACUGUUUAUUACAUGGUACUGUGCACUCUCUUCUAAAGAUGAGGUCUCACCUCAACAAGUUCACAUACAAAUGAUAAAAUUGGUGAUACUUAUAGCAUAUAGUCUGAUUUCACACAAGCAAUAUUUGGUAUUUUUAUUUUUUAAUUGACACAUGGUACAUAUUUAGGGGUAUGUUGUAACAUUUCAGUACAUAAACAUGAGUAAUGAUCACAUCAGGGUCACAUAUAAUGGUUUUAAUAUAAACAAAAUAUGUAACAGCAUUAAGUAAAAAUCACUUAUCUCAAUUAUUUAUGAUGCCCAGCAGUGAUUCUCAAACAGAAGAGGGCCCAGACACCAAUACUCUAUGUAGACCUGGGCAAAGAGCAGUGGUCAUUUCUGCCACAUUAGUCUACUUUAUUGCACUGUAUUAAUUUGCUGAGAUGACUGUUAAGGAGACAGAAAAAACUACAAAUGCUGAUGGUAUUAUGGUAUUUUUAUAAAAAGAACUGUAAUGUAUUGGAAUUACCUAUUCUUUGCAGGUAUGUAUAUACAACAAAACUCUAAGUCAUCUUUUGUUGGAAUUUCUUUACUUGGACAGUAGAUACCAUAUACUCCAUCAUCAAACAAAAGACAGCCUGAGAGGUCAGUAUUUACUGAGUGUUAAUUAUACAUACUACAUGCCACUAACUCUA